UUGACAAUUGCAGCACAUUUAAAUUUAAACUUCUAAAGCAUGCAAACUGAAAACAAUGCAAAACGUAAGCGACCCAAAAAGAGGGGCAGUCGCUUUAUGCGCAAUGCCAAAGGCUUUGGCAAGCAGGGCAUUUUUGGACGCGGCACUCACAUAGACGAUGAGCAGUUUAGCUAUUUCAUCAACAUACUGGAUGCCAUGAAAGGAGGCUUAGAGGAUAUAGAGGAGCGCAUUAACAUGGCCAACAAUGUGUUUGAGCAAACUAAAGAGCAGGAAAUUCACUUGGCAUCAAAUCAGAUUGUUUCCAAGGCGUUGGAAUCUCUCAUUGGUUUUGUAGAUGAUGCACAGCUGGAGAGCUAUUUCAACAAGUUUGGCAACAAUUUGCGUCCCAUGUGCUCCGAUCGCUUUGCUUCGCAUGUGCUGCAAAAGAUGCUGGAAAUAGCAUUUUUGCGUGGAUUGGGACAGGCGGCCGCGCAACAGGUUGACGAUGCAGUUGCGGCCAAACGCGCCAAGCCCGAUGCAGCACAAAUCGAAGAACAAUAUAAUCUGGAGACAAGCUUUAGCGAGCAACAUCGUGAGCAGUGCCGACAAUUUGUGUUGCGCAUAGCCAAAUUUAUGCUCAACAAUUUGGAGGAUUUUGUAUGGGAUAGUUGCGCUACGCAUAUAAUGCGCACGGCAAUUCUUUGCUUGGUAGGCAUACAUGUGCCCAAGAUAGCCUUUGAGAAGGGUGGCGCGGAGCUUGCAAAGCAUCGCAAGCUGUACAAGGUGCCGGAGGAGUGGCAUGAGGUAAUGAAGGAGUUUCCGCAGCGCUUGGAAAUGUGGCCGCAGUUUUCCGACUUUCCCUACCAAGAUCACUCUUCAGCGCUGCUGGGUGUAAUUUGUCUGGCGCUCAGCGUAGUGGACAAAAGCAUGUUGAAACAUUUUGGCAAAAAAAUUCUAAUGCAAAGUCUGCUCAAACCCAACGAUGCUUCAGACGAAAAAGAUGAAAAGCCGCAGGAGGUGAAAAUUGAAAUCGAUGAUGAAGCUGAAGAGGAUGCAGCUGCGCCGGCAGCAGAGCAAUCUGCAGAAACAACAAUGCCAGAGGAGACUGCUAGGGAAACUAAGCUAUUAGCCUCGCUGCCUAAAGUAUUUCAUUACCAAAGCGCUGUUAUACUCAUGGAGACGCUGCUUAGCGUAGCAGGCGCCAAGCUGCUUACACAGCUCUAUGCCAUGCUCUUUAGUGGUCGAAUUGCUUACUUGGCCCAACAGCAACAGACCAACUUUGCUGUGCAGCGUCUGCUGCAGCAUAUAAAAGAAGUGCCAGACUUUGAGGCUGUGUGCACAGAGCUGCAACCACACAUAGAGCCACUGCUCAAAAUGGGAUACACGGGCGUUGUGUCUUCGUUAAGCGCCGCUUGUCUGCGUCUGGGUGCCAAGCAGGCACAGUUAAUAGCCGCACUCCAAAGCGCUUUGCAUGUCACCGGUGACAAGGAGAAGUCCAAGCUUUUCUUUAAUUGUCUUAUCAAAUUGAAGCCACACGAGCUGUUGGCCAGCGAUCAGUCGGGCUUUGUGCAUUUGCAUGGUUCGCUAAUAGCGCAGCAUAUACUACAAUUCAACAAGCCCAUCUUUCUGGUCAACUGCAUUUUGGAGCUGCCCGUCACGCAAUUGGCACAGAUCUUUAACACACCCAAUGGCUCUCAUAUUGUGGAUGCUUUUAUGCAGAGCCAGUAUAUUGGCGAAAAAUCACGUGAGCGUCUCAUUCGUCUCCUGGAUGGCUUCUAUGUGGAUCUAGCAAUUACGCGCCAUGGCUCACGCGUCCUGGACCAGUGCUUCAAAGCUGCCCAGGAGGCACAAAAGCUGCGCAUUGCCAAGGAGCUAUGCAGCAAGGCCAAUAUGCUGAAGGGCUCGCCCUUUGGACGACUUAUCUACACCAAGUAUCGCCUGGACACCUACAAACUAUCGCCCACCCAAUGGCAAGCUAGUCUGGGUAAAGAUCUGGAGAAGGCUAAAGACACUGCGACGGCGUCUAAAAAACGUUCAGCCAGCGAGUUGUUUAAGGAUAUCAUUAGCUAGUUGUUAACGUUGAAUUGUUUAAAGUAUGCUUGCUAUUCAUGAAUUAAGCGUGAUUACAUUAAUUUUUGCUAUAAAU